AUGAUAAGCUGGUUAUAUCAGACCUUUUUCCAACCUAGAAAAUUAUUAUCACCAGAAGAAAUGAGUGCCACCGUGGACAAGGUUAACGCCUGGAUCAAAGAAAAGCCAAUCUUUGUGGCUUCCAAAACUUACUGUCCUUACUGUCAAGCUACUUUGAAGACUUUGGACGAAUUGAAGGCUGAUGCUUAUGUUGUUCAAUUGAACACUAUCGAUGAUGGUUCAGACAUCCAAGAUGCUUUGUACGAAAUCACCGGUCAAAGAACCGUUCCAAACAUCUUCAUUGGCGGUAAGCACAUUGGGGGUAACUCUGAUUUGCAAGAAUUGAAGGCCUCUGGUAAGCUUGAUGCUCUUUUGAGUGAUCUCUGA